CAAACAAGACAUCCAAAUAAAAUUUACACUUCCAACUGUUCCCAGGUUUCUCCCAGGAAAGAAGAACAACGGCAAAAAAAUAGUUCAUCGAAUCAAUAAGAGAAACCAAAAUGCCCAGUAACCAUCACACUUGUCAACUAUCAUCCUACAUUUUCUCUCUCCUCCCUCUUCUUUUAUCUUCCCUUUCAUCUCCUCCAUCUCAAUCAUACUACUUCUAAAAAACCCACAAAAAUCUUCUCAUCAAAAACCCCAGAACAAAAAAACCCACAUUUUUUCCUUCCAAAAUUGAAUGGCAAUUUCAUCAUUAUCGAUCCCCUUACCCCAUUUCUCUCCCCUGCAACAAAAACCCAGAAACAAUUUUCUUUCUUUUACCUCUAAUUUUCCUCAAAAUCACUCUAAUUUAUGUGUAACCAUAAAAAAGAAGGCAAAUUGUAGUAAAAUUGCAGGUUUUAAUGGUGGGUUAUCAGUGUUUAUGUGCUCAACGACGCCGUUUAUUGGGUUUGGAGGCAGAGUUGGGUUGCAAAGAAGAGAAGGAAAUGUUUCUUUGCUAUCAUUUGGUGUUAAUACUAGUAAUCUGAUAAGUGGUGAUGAUUCAAAGGGUGGUUCUUCUCAAAUUUUAUCGGCAAUGCUUCCGUUUGUGGUGGUUGCUACUGCGAUUGCUGCCCUCUCUCAACCCUCCUCUUUUACUUGGGUAUCAAAAGAAUUAUAUGCCCCUGCACUCGGUGGGAUCAUGCUGUCUAUUGGAAUCAGACUUUCCAUAGAUGAUUUUGCUCUUGCGUUUCAAAGGCCUCUGCCCCUUUCUCUUGGUUUUAUCGCCCAAUAUUUGGUGAAGCCAGUCCUUGGAGUAUUGAUUGCUCAAGCAUUUGGGGUAUCACCUAUGUUCUACGCAGGGUUUGUCCUCACAGCUUGCGUGGCAGGUGCUCAACUAUCUAGCUAUGCUAGCUUCUUGAGCAAAGGGGACGUAGCAUUAAGCAUCUUGUUGACUAGCUCCUCAACCAUUGCAUCCGUAAUUGUUACUCCCCUUUUAACACGCCUUCUUAUUGGGUCAGUUGUUCCUGUUGAUGCUCUUGCCAUGUCUAAGUCUAUAUUACAGGUGGUUCUUGUUCCUGUCAGUCUUGGUCUGCUCUUAAAUACGUAUGCCAAAACAGUUGUCAAUUUUAUUCAACCAGUGAUGCCCAUUGUUGCUAUGGUGUGCACUUCAUUGUGUAUUGGUAGCCCCCUUGCAAUUAAUCGUGGUAGGAUUCUUUCCGCUGAAGGUCUUCGUUUGAUUGCCCCUGUGUUGGUCUUCCAUGCAACGGCUUUCACAUUAGGAUAUUGGCUCUCCAAACUACCGCCUCUGAGACAAGAAGAAGAAGUUUCAAGGACUAUCUCACUGUGCACUGGAAUGCAAAGCUCGACACUAGCCGGGCUUCUUGCUACCCAGUUUCUUGGAAGUAGUCAAGCUGUUCCAUCUGCAUGUUCUGUAGUUGUAAUGGCUAUCAUGGGCCUUGUUCUUGCCUCCUUUUGGGGUAAUGGUUUACGGAUCAGAGACAUACGAAGCCUAAUUGCUCCGUGGUUUGGAUCGAAGGUUAAGGCUUCUUGAUGCUCCUUUUGAAGUAUUCCAACAUAGCCUGAAUAUAUAUGCUGUUCAGUAUGUCAACUGAUUACUUUCUCCGAAGGCGCUGGAAUGUCCCUUAAAUACAAUGGUAUAGCGCCAUACUUCGUCGCGUUAAGCCAAUCUAUGUUGUAAUGGGGUUGGGGCCUUGGGGGUGUUAACAUCGUAAAUUUGUGUAUGGUUUGGCUGUAUAGUUGACAAAAGUGCUACAUAGCUGUGUAUAGAUCAGAAAAUGUUUGUAGGUUACUUGCAACAAAUAUAGUGAAGCAGGCAAUACCCCGGAGUCCCCCAACACAAUAAAUAAAGAGAAGUAAUCUAAUACUAGUUGAAUCUAACAUCCAAGUUCAUA